GUUGGGCACAACUUCCCCACAGUCGGUCGUUGGUAGUAUAAUAUAAGAAGGGAAGUACGGUUUGCUGCCAACAGAUUAUUGAAUGACGGGUUGCUUUGCUGUUCUUUGCUGCCCAAGUUCCGUGAAAAAAGAGGUUAGUAUGAUGUCUUCGCUGCCCAAGCUCUGGGAAAAGAGAGGGUAGAAAAGAGAGGUUAUUUCACGUCACAGGUCGAAGGUUCCUUGUUAUCGAUGAGGAACGCGCGUAGAGAGGGAAUAGGGGCUGAUUGGGGUGUACUAUCUGGAGAAAGGUUUACAAGGAGCGAAAAGUGUGAGAGAGUGACUGUGUCGCUUAUUGUGGCAUAUAAGAGAACGGAACGGGGAGCAGAGCGACGACGAGAGCACGAGUGUGGAGGGGGAGGGUCUUUUAACGAGGAGAGGGAGGAGGUAGGGGAAAAAGAAGGAGAAGUAGACGGGGGAGCGGGAACGAGGCUUGUGGAGGUCGCGGAGGCCGAUUUCGGUCGCAAGAUAGGGGAAGAGGGGAAGAGAGCGGGGGCCGGCUUGACGGCGGCGGGUAGAAGGCGGAGCGGCGAAGGCGAGGAGGUGGUGGGAUUGGGAGGGAGACAAGGGAGGGCAGCGUGGAGGGUGGGGAACGCGGAAGUGGAGGGUGCGAAUUGGAAGGAGAGGUGGAAGGAGAAGGGGACUCCGAUAAGAGCUGCAGAGGGAGGAGUGAGGGGAGUAGGAGGAGGGGGAGGAGGAGGAGGAGGGGAGGAGGAGGCGGUAAUAGAAGAAGGUAAAAGAGGUCUGAGGACAGGGGGAAGACGACGAGGAAAAGGAGGCGAGGGGUUGGGGAUUGACUGGGGGUUUAUUCGGACUUAUCACGGAAGGUCUAAACACGGCUGCCUCGUUAUGUUUGAUGCAAGGAUAGCACGGUUGUUAGCAUCUGUUAUCUUCAUCUGGGGUUUUCAGUGGGGUGUGAGUAUUGGAGAGGCGGGCCGGUCUGUGGGAGGAGGAGGAGGGAAGCUCGGGUCUGCUGCCUUUUCUUCAGCGGCAGGCAGGUGGAGUGCGGACAGGGAGAAGCAGGAAGAAGGCGAUUUCUCUUCUCUUCUUUUCUUUCGCACGCGACCUGGCUUCCUUUCGCCACCGUUCCCGUCUCGACCGCCUCCUCCUCCCCCUCCCUCUCCUUUUCCGGCUCAGCCGCUGCACCGUCAGCAGCAGUCCGAGCAUAGUCGUGGAUCCUCCUUCGCGGCGGACCCGCCUUCGUGGAGUAGGAGCAGCAGUGUUCUCCUGGUCGUUGUGGACCGGGCGAGCACGUGGCUCUUCUCUUGGGUAGGAGGAUAUGGCGGGGAGAGAUGGACCAAUGGGGAGGUGGAGGACAAGAAGGGAGAAACGGCGGAAAAGAGGAGGGGAAGCCGCCGAAGCACAGCAAGCAAUAUCAGCUCUGAGAGAGCGGCAAAAACGACGACAAGUUGGAGGAGGAAGGACAACUCUCGAUUUGACGGCAUGAACAUAAGGAGCAACAGCAGCAGCAGCAGCAGCUGCGGGUCUUACAGCACAGCAAGUAGGAACGACGAUGAAGACGCAGAGGAGGAGGAGGAGGAGGAGGAAGAGGAAGGUGGGAGAUUUCCGAUGCAGCAGCUUGUUCAUGACGCAGAAACAGGGGCAGCAGCAGGAGUUACCUACCGCCGCCGCCGCCGUCUACAGCUGGCGGCUCCACCCACAGAAGAACCCCCCCCAACGCUGCCUAGCGCAAAUUGCAGCGAUUUAAUUCCGCAGAAUCUGACUGUGCUACUCGUGUGCCACAGCGAUCCGAUUAACGCGUCAACCUGUUGCCCGCUGCUAGAGCGACUACAAAAUGCGUCCCGUGGCGGCUGCGAACACGAAUUGUCGACAAAGCUCAGAGAGCAGAGUUUCAACGAGAGCGCGAUGCUAUCGGCUUGCAGCGUUUCUUCGGCGGCUUCACCGGCCGCUCCAUCUGCUGCGCUUCCUUCGGCGGCGGCCAGCAGCUCGCUGCCAAAUGCGACAGGAGGGAGAGGGGAUCAUGGCUCCGAUGGCGGCGGCGGCAGCGGCACUUCUCCUACCCGAUCCUCUCCCUUUCAACCGUCCCCCUCGACGACCGUUCCUCCCAAGAGGCCCGCCAGCGAGGAGGAUGAGAACAGUCAGAAGAACCCGCCACGACCGUCACCACCGGAAGCGGUGACAACAGGGGGAUUCAAAAAAGAUUUGCCUAUUGUACUGCUUGCCUGCGCGUUGGGCGUGGCGAUGCUGGUUGUGCUUCUGCUGCUUUUCUGCCUUCGCAGACGGAUAGGACGGGGGUGUAGGGUGCUGCUGUGUAUGGGGAAGGUGAGCGAGAAGACGGGAGAGAGGGGGCUGAACCGGGGAAGCAGCAGUGCGCUGAGAUCGGAGGCGAGCCGAGACGCGAGCACUCCGGCAAAGCCGGACGGAUCGGGAGCGGGGGGGAGGAAGGGGGAGCGGAACAUUCUCAAUCGAGCGCCAGAGCCGUACACCGUGUGCAAAUUCUCGCUGGAGACGCUGUCAAGAGCCACCCGAGGAUUUAAUCCCGACUGCGUGAUAGGGGAGCCCGGGGGGUUCGGCAGAGUGUAUCGGGGGACGCUGGACGAUGGGCGAGCGGUGGCGAUCAAGAUGAUGAAGGGAGAUCUGUCGGAGUCGAAGUACAGCCAGUUUCUGGCGGAAGUGGAGCUGCAGAGCCGACUGCAUCACACGCAUCUGUGUGAGCUGAUUGGAUACUGCGACGCGGAGGAGAGCUGGUUGCUGGUGUACCCGUUUAUUCCCGGGGGAACGUUGUUUGAGCAUUUGCACGGGCGGCCGGGGCCGAUGGGGCACCGAGCGGAGAAGCUGGACUGGCCGACGAGAGUGCGCAUUGCGCUCCACGUGUCGAAGGCGAUCAGGUAUCUGCACGAGGAGAUCGACCCGCCGGUGCUGCACCGGGACGUGAAGUCGGCCAACAUUCUGCUGGACCAGAACAAGCGCGCGAAAUUGGCAGAUUUUGGCCUGGCGAAGCUGGGGCAGAGUAUACUGGUGGACACGGAGCGGGGAGGCGUCGAGCCGCGGAGGCUGUGCGGAACCUAUGGUUACAUGGCCCCAGAGUACAUGGUGUGGGGGAAGCUGACGGCAAGGAACGACGUCUACGCCUUUGGCGUGGUGUUGCUUGAGAUUGUCACCGGCCGGAGGGCUGUCGUCAGAGGCGAAGAAGGCACGCUUGCCACGUGGGUGAGACCCUAUCUCGACAACGUUAAUGACUUCAAGAGUAUCGUGGACCCGAUCUUGUUGAAGUGGGGCGUGGACGAUUUGGAAGAAAUCUACUCGCUGGGGUGUCUCGCUGGAGAAUGCACUCACGGCACGGAACGUCUGCGCCCAGCGAUGAGCAGUGUAGUGGAACGCAUAAACAAAAUCGCUAUCAAUUACCCCGUGAGAUGAUCGGCAAUCUCCCUGAUUUUUCAUUCUUGUCUUUCUGCUUUCUUCUGCCUCGUCGUGCUUUUGCUUCUUUUGCGUUGCCUUGCGUUGCCUUGCGUUGCGUUGCUUUGCUCGUCAUUUCGCGUCUUUGCGCUCGAAUUGGCAUUUUCUGCACUCACGGAACUCUGUAGUUCUUCGCCGGACUUGGUCGCUUGCGUGCAUGGAUGGAAGUUGUUCUGUGGCGGCGUCUGCUUUUAUCUGACUACUGUCACUGGUCACCAGCUCGCAUUGCUGUCUAUCUAUCUAUCUAUCUGUCUAUCUAUUAUUUAUCUAUGAAUGAGAGAUCAUUUAGUUGUCUUUCUAUUCAACGGUCGCGAGCUCGCUUUGCUGUAUCUAUCUUCUAUCUAUCAAUCGAUCAGUUUUACCAAUCUCAAUCUCUCUCGCUAACUGUGAUCUACUUAUCGUCUAUUAUCAUUUCCUCAUUUUCCCCGCUAGCUCUCUUUCUCUGUCCAUCCGUCUGAUUACCUGCUUGCUCAAGCGUCUGUCCAGCUUUCUAACUACCCUACCGAACUCACUGAAGCCGCCACGCCGGUCGUUCGUUCUCUCUAUAUAUACCGGGCAAUUCUAUCUCAUAUCUCAUAAGCCUGUCGCGGCGAGCGAGAGAGAAUACUGAAUACUUACAGGACUAUGUGUUGAUGUGUUGUGUGAAGCGCUGCAACGACCUUCUGUCCGAGUUCUCGCUUGCUUGCCGGCAUUAUUGCAGCUGCACAGUAUUUCUGCUAGAGUCAGAGAAAAUGAGGCGCUCUUGCCGCCGCUCACUUCCUCGAUUAUUGCCUUUACCGAUCUCUCUUCGUCCUCUGUGUUUUUACACUUGCCAGUAAAGCGCGCACAGAGGAAGAGAACACAGGCAAACGCACAGACACACAGAGAGAGAGAGAGAGAGAGAGAGAGAGAGAGAGAGNAGAGAGAGAGAGAGAGAGAGAGAGAGAGAGAGAGAGACAGAGAGAGACAGAGAGAGAGAAAGAGAGAGAGAGGUCCGAGCAGUUAUUGAAUAGUGUAAUGGAUCGAAGAAAGGAAGAGAAGAGGAUGAGGGCGUGACGAAGAUUGUUUAUGUGAUUGCGGAUGGCAAGUGAUAGUUGUAUGUGCGGAAAUGGGAUUGGAUUUGCUCGUGCCGGCGAACAUUUAAUAGUGCUCAUGGUGGCUGUGGUGAUGGUGUGAUGGUGAUGAUGAUGACUGUGGUGAGGUGAGAAGCGGGGGGGCGGCGUCUCGCCUUUGAUAGGCUUUGUCAAUUCUGGUGCUGGGUUGGCCAUCUUCAGCCCGACUACACAUUGAAUGCGAGAGAAUUUUCAAGGACAGUGAUGCGAAAUGAUUUCUGGGACUACGGAGGCAUUGUAAAGGAUGGGAGGUAGGUGUAUGAGUCGUUCAAAUUAGUCGAUGAGGGAGAAGGAGGACGGUGAGAGGUACAGAGACGGAGGAAACAUGAACUCCCACUUUUGUUUAGGGUACGGGUGGUUAUGUCUUUUGCGAGACAACUGUCCUCAUUGUCUUCUAAUUCAGUCAGGGUUGCAGCUGCCAGAUCGGCGGAGCAGAGUCCAAUUGAAGGGCGGUGGCAUGUAUAUGUGUUGAGUGGGUGGAGACACGGUCAUGGCAUGGACGCAAAGGUGACCGGCAGGAAGGGGACGACCGGCGGUGGGCGUAUUGAGCACAUGCAUGCUCAGAGUGCCUGUGCGUGCUUUGGGAGGGUGACGGCGAUGGUCAGGAACGAGUUGUUGGUACACAAACCUGGAAAGAAAGGCCUUUAGGGCGAAGACGGCUGAAGCGGGCGUAUUGAGCACAUUUUCAUGCUCAGAAUGCCUGCGCGUGCUUUGGGAGGGUGACGGCGAUGGUCAGGAACGAGUNGCGAAGACGGCUGAAGCGGGCGUAUUGAGCACAUUUUCAUGCUCAGAAUGCCUGCGCGUGCUUUGGGAGGGUGACGGCGAUGGUCAGGAACGAGUCGUUGGCACACGAACCUGGAAAGCAAGGCCUUUAGGGCGAAGACGGGUGAAGCGGGCGUAUUGAGCACAUGCAUGCUCAGAGUGCCUGUGCGUGCUUUGGGAGGGUGACGGCGAUGGUCAGGAACGAGGUGUUGGCACACAAACCUGGAAAGAAAGGCCUUUAGGGCGAAGUGAAGACGGCUGAAGCGAAGGUGUUGUUGAGGGAGGACGGGCGAAUUGGAACGAGGGUGGAUGCUCCAGGCAAAGCGGUGGAGCUUGGAGAAUGAUGCUGGCAAUAAGGGGCAGCCUGUGAAUAUAUGGCUGCGUAAUGUCGAAAUGGCAUUGUGGAGGACGACGUGAAGAUGGCGCGAAAGGGAGGCGCAUGUGAGUAGCCCGGUUAUGAUCGAGAGGACAACUGGAGGUUGGGAGAGAAAGGUGGGUGAGUUGUGAUGGGGUGAUGAUGUAGAUUGAGGGUUGGACGAUCGGGGUGCUGCGAGAGUGAGAGUGUGAAGAAAGACUGGCGAGACCGGCCAGAGGGCCAACUCCUUUCUGUGGCUCUUUUGUAACAAUAAGGCGUUUUUUUUUGGAGCGACCUACGCAUAUGAAUAA